UCUCACACCUCCUUCGUUAUGUAGACAACACAGACCUGUCUCUACGGAGAUGUCUUCAGAUUCGGGCCAGAGGACGGCCAUCGUAAUCGGCGCCGGCGUGGGCGGUGUUGCUACCGCUGCACGACUUGCUAAGGCUGGCUACAAAGUCACUGUAAUCGAAAAGAACGGCUUCACGGGUGGCAGAUGCUCUCUGAUACAUAAAGACGGCCAUAGAUUCGAUCAGGGUCCAUCCCUUCUGCUGCUUCCCCACCUCUUCGCCGAGACAUUCCGCGAUCUCGAUACUACUCUCGAAGACGAAGGCGUUCAGCUUGUUAAAUGCGAGCCAAACUACAAUAUUUGGUUUGGCGAUGGGCAGUCUUUCGAGUUAUCGACCGAUCUUGCACGCAUGAAGCAUGAGAUUGAGAAAUGGGAAGGUAAAGAUGGCUACGAACGGUAUCUAUCGUUCUUACAAGAGGCGCACAGACAUUAUGAGUUGAGUGUGACACACGUAUUGAGGAAGAAUUUUACAAGCCUACUGAGUAUGGCAAGACCUACUUUUCUCAUGAAUGUGCUGAAACUACAUCCAUUCGAGAGUAUCUAUUCGAGAGCGUCCAAGUACUUCCGUACGGAGAGGCUAAGGAGAGUGUUCACGUUCGGGAGCAUGUAUAUGGGGAUGAGUCCGUUCGAUGCACCAGGAACGUAUAGUCUCCUGCAAUACACAGAACUUGCAGAGGGUAUAUGGUAUCCAAUCGGGGGCUUCCACAAGGUUUGUGAGGCUCUCGUGAAAAUUGGCGAGCGUAUGGGCGUUGAAUACAGACUUUCCACCUCCGUCAAGUCAAUCGCUUUAUCCCCUGACAAUAAAACCGUUGAUGGCAUCAUUCUCGACGAUGGAACACGUCUCACUGCCGACCUGAUCGUCAACAAUUCCGACCUAGUCUACGCAUACAACAACUUACUCCCCUCCAGCACGUACGCCAAGAGCCUCACUGCCCGCAAAACCUCCUGCUCUAGUAUUUCCUUCUAUUGGGGACUCUCGGAGCCUGUUCCCGUCCUCAAAGCUCACAACAUCUUCCUCGCAGAUGACUAUCGCGACUCAUUCGACAGCAUCUUCAAGCAGCACCUCAUCCCCAGCCAGCCUUCCUUCUACGUCAACGUGCCCUCCCGUAUUGACCCUUCGGCCGCACCCGCGAAUCGCGAAACAAUCGUAGUUCUCGUCCCGGUCGGCCACAUGCUCACCAACACCAACUCAUCCUCAUCCUCCGUCCCAUGCAGCGAAACGCAGGACUGGCCCUCAAUAACCGCACGUGCACGUACGCAGAUUCUCUCCACGAUCGCGCGACGCACCGGCGUCGAUCUCGCCCCCCUCAUCGCGACCGAAACUACCAAUACCCCGCCAACAUGGCAAGCCGCAUUCAACCUUGACAAAGGCGCCAUCCUGGGUCUCUCGCACUCCUUCUUCAACGUACUCUCCUUCCGACCUUCCACUAAGCACAGCCGUAUCAAAAACCUGUAUUUCGUCGGCGCAAGCACGCAUCCCGGCACUGGGGUCCCAAUCGUCCUCGCAGGCGCAAAGAUCGUGUCCGAGCAGAUUCUCGCGGAUAGUGGUGCUGAAGUACCAUGGACGCGUGGUGGAGCAGUAACAAAGAAGAGGCGGGGACGGAGUGACUUAGACCAGGUGCAGGGCGCCGGGCAGUAUAGUUGGGCGCAAAUAGCGAUCAUUCUGGUUGGUCUAUUCUUCGCUUUCUGGAGGGAGCUAGUGCGUACUGGAUAUAUCCAGGCGCCAGAUAUGAGUGGAAGCAUGUAUCGAGGUCUGAAACCGUAGUGGAACUUGCGUCUUGGAGUAGUCCUGUGUGAAAUUAUCGAUAUAGAAAUGUGCCUGAUAGAGGAUCUCUGAUUUCUGGGUCCGUGAUCUCUUCAACCGUCCACUAGACACUGACCGCACAAGCAUCGAGCAAUUCGCACGUCCGUAUAUCAAGUAUAGUCGCACACGUGCUACAUGACUCCGUGAUGCACUCGAGCCAGGCACCUACUACACAUCAUCUUACACUACACGACGGCCACUGCUUAAUUUACAGG